CUGAGGCUAAAAAUGGCCUUCGUACCCAGACAAGGUGACACGGAAAGCAUGUGGCCUCCGUUUCACAGGACGUCAGAGCUGGGGACGCUUAACUAACUCUUGGCAUCCAAGUGAAAAGUUAUCACUUGGCCCGAGUCGCCUUCACUCAUUUGCAGGAGGAGUUGAAACCUUCCCGCUGGCUCUCGCUCUGGGCACGAGACGCCCGCAUGGAAUGUGCCUACUUACUUUCUCCGACCCCUUAUUUACGGGCGUCCCAGCCUCGCUGCUGAAUCUCAGAGGCUGUGCAGACGCAGCUGUCAGGCUUAGACCCGCUGCCAGCAAGUACAGUAGUCAACUGCCGAGCUUGGGCGCUCGCCUUUCGGGCACCAUCAGAGGGUCUCAGCAGCAAAGACCAAGUUGUGGAUGAUCCUUUUUAACCUUCUAGAAACUCAGCUAACUCGUGUACAUAGUUUUCAAGAAAUGAUCAAGAAAGCAUCGAUAUAUCGCCAUCCAUUAGCUAAUCACUUAAUGGAUCCAGAAGUUCAAAAAGAGAGCGGAGAAGACGAUGCUGACAGGACAGUGGUUGCAGAGAUCAUGCGGAGAUGUUUCGUUCCAGCGUUUGUAACGACCAUCCCCUGGGAAGGGUUUCAUUUCGCUGGUCAUGAGAUCCGGAUCAAUGAAGCCACGGAUUGUUACGGCGCUGUUGUUUGGCCAUCGGCCCUUGUUCUGUGCUAUUUUCUGGAAACUAACGUAAAGCAGUAUAACCUGGUCGACAAAAAUGUGAUUGAAAUUGGAGCUGGAACAGGGCUUGUCUCCAUUGUGGCGAGUUUACUUGGCGCACACGUGACUGCCACAGAUUUACCCGAGUUACUUGGAAACCUGCAGUAUAAUAUUUCUCGAAACACCAAAAUGAAAGCUAAGCAUCUGCCUCAGGUCAAAGAGCUCUCCUGGGGUGUAGCUCUAGAAAAGAACUUCCCCAGGGCUUCCAUCAACUUUGACUACAUCCUGGCGGCCGACGUCGUCUAUGCUCAUCCAUUUCUCGAAGAACUCCUCGUUACCUUCGACCAUCUGUGCAAAGAAACCACCGUCAUCCUCUGGGUCAUGAAAUUCAGGCUGGAGAAGGAAAAUAAAUUUGUGGAUAGAUUUGAGCAGUUGUUUGACCUGGAGGAGAUUUCUAGUUUCCCUAGCCUGAAUAUUAAGUUGUAUAAAGCGAUGAAGAAAAAUCAGAAGAGUGCAUGUUAUUCUCAAAGGAGGAUGUGGAAAGCGAAGCCAAUUUCUGGUAGAUUAUUGCUUUAGCAAAGACCUAGAUAAUCUGAUGUAGCACUGACUUUCCCAAGGGGAAACACACACACACACACACACACACACACACGCGCGUGCGCGCGCGUGUGCGCCUCACCCCAGGCAGCGAUGUUCCCAGAUGUAGCAUGUGGAUCUAGAGAACUGCACAGCCAUUGUGUGCUAAUUGAUUAGGACAAGGGCUGCUUUCCUUAUCUUUCUAUAGCACCAUCUUUAAUUACUAUCAUCUUAAUACAUGGUGCAGUCAUUGUUAAGGUAUAACUGUUGAACAAUGGUUUUUAAUGAACAAUGGUUUUUAAUAAUGGUGUCUCUCACAUAAGCUUACGUGAUUCUCUCUUUAGAAAUAAAGAAAUGGACUCUAGUGAGCUCACAAAUAAAUCAGAAAAGGUGAACAUAGGGUGUGAUGGUCAGUGUGAAAUUACUGUGGCUUUGUUAGUGCCAGCUUACAGGUGGUCUUUCUUCUCUGCUCGGCAAGGUGGGUCUCCAACACAACCCCUGAAAUCAAUCAAGCUGGUGGAUUUGAGGUUAUGGGCAAGGACAUUUCACAGUUCACUCCAGUAAAUGAAAAAUGAAUGGAAGAACACAUAAAAACAGCUGAAAUUUUGGGGGGAGUUAUUGUUUUAUUUUUAAGCCAAGUACAGAUACUCUGUAUCACAAGAACAGAAAUAAAUAUAAAAGUUUGAGUUGAA